AUGCACAUCGGGCCCAAUGCUGCUAACAUGAACAUGCAGAACAUGCAGCUGCAGGCAGGUGCCAAUCUCAACCUGAAGCCGCCCACUGCUCAACAGCUGCAGCAGUGGAAUAUCGCCUCACCAAUGCAGCGUCCGUCGUCGGUUGCCAACUCCAUCGUGAAUGGCAUCGACGGGCAGCUGAACGUGCUUGGGCGUUCGGUACCUGUGCGCUCGCCGUCCGCGAAUGGCACCCGCCCGGGGAUGAGGAAUGGCGUGCAUGUGUCGAUGUCACCGCACCUUCACAACUCGCCAUUGCUGUUGCCCAAUAUCACCCAGUCGCAGUCACCACCCCGUAUGCCAACGAUGCCAAACAUGGGCAUGGCGUCGCCCUCGUUGCACAUUGGCAGCCUGUUGGAGGCGAUCUUUUGGUGA